GUGCAUUUGAUAUUAAGAAUUGGUAUGGUAAUUUAUGUGCAGAGGUAUUGAGGCUAAGCAGCCCAACUCUGCCAUUCGUAAAUGUGCCAGGGUUCAACUCAUCAAAAAUGGGAAGAAGAUAGCUGCCUUUGUUCCAAAUGAUGGUUGCUUAAAUUACAUUGAAGAGAAUGAUGAAGUUUUGAUAGCUGGAUUUGGACGUAAAGGUCAUGCUGUGGGUGAUAUUCCUGGUGUCAGAUUCAAGGUUGUGAAGGUUUCUGGUGUCUCUCUACUGGCUCUUUUCAAGGAGAAGAAGGAGAAGCCUAGGUCUUAGAGUUGUGGGAUGGUUCCUUUUUCUUGUUCUUCUGAGUUUAACCCUUUUUUUUUAAUUUUUAAUUUUGCUUCUUGAGCCCUAUUCACAAUUUUGUAUUAUAGAAGUAAUGUUUCUGAACUUCAUUUGAUUCAAGUAAUAUAUAAUAUACUUUAGAUUUUCUCUCCA